AACUCUCCACAGCGAUUAAAGUGCUGUCAUUAAUGAGACCUUUAACCAGCAUGUUUAACUUUAACACACGUCGAUGUCGUGUGUCAUAUAACAGCAGCUAGUUACUCCCUGCGACUUCUAUCGCGAGCUGACAAGCUAAAAACAAAAACAGCUAUUGCUAACUUCCUUAGCCGCAAAGAAUUUCGGAGAGAGCAGCAUGUUUCCUCUAGAUUCUCCAUGGAACAUCUCGUUUGCCGGUUGUGGUUUUCUGGGAAUUUAUCACGUCGGUGUUGCCAGCUGUCUACUGGAACAGGCUCCGUUUCUGGUCCACAACGCGAAACACAUCUACGGAGCGUCGGCUGGAGCUCUGACUGCCACCGCGCUGGUCACCGGAGUCUGUCUUGGAGAGGCUGGUGCAAGUAUCAUUGAGGUUUCAAAGGAAGCAAGAAAGCGGUUCCUUGGACCCAUGCAUCCUUCCUUUAAUCUGGUAAAGAUUGUGCGGCAUAUGUUGCAACGCAUGCUUCCAGCUGACUGUCACUAUCAGGCUAAUGGACGGUUAGGAAUCUCGCUGACCCGAGUGACAGAUGGAGAAAAUGUCCUGGUGUCUCACUUUAACUGCAAGGAGGAGGUUGUGCAGGCAUGUGUAUGCAGUGCCUACAUCCCAGUAUAUUGCGGUCUUAUUCCUCCAGCACUCCAGGGAGUGAGGUAUGUUGAUGGAGGCAUCUCGGACAAUCUGCCUCAGUAUGAGUUGAAGAAUACAAUUACAGUGUCCCCAUUCUCUGGAGAGAGUGACAUUUGUCCCAGAGACACUUCAACCAACAUACACGAGCUUCGCAUCACCAACACAAGCAUUCAGUUUACACUCACCAACCUCUACAGAUUGUCCAGGGCACUUUUCCCCCCAGAUCCAAUGGUUCUGAAGGCCAUAUGUAAACAAGGAUACAAAGAUGCUCUACACUUCUUGAAGAGGAACGAGUUACUGAAUUUCACAGGACCUGAUAAACACAUGUUCUAUGUAGUUGAUGGAGAAGAUAAUGAGGAUUAUGAUGGUGGUGAUGAUGUCGAGGGGUCGAAUAAAAGUUAUGAAGAGGAUGAAAAGUUACACAUAGAUGACGGAGCAGCAGUCAUUCAGUCCAGUUCUGCCAUAGAGGAUAAUAUCAUCGAACAUCUUCCACCAACUCUUCACAAAGCGCUAAUCGAGGCUUGCAUGGAGCGGAGGAGCCUGGUGCAGUCACUAAGCAAACUGCUUCCAGUCAGAGUGGCCAAGACUAUGAUGGUCCCUUAUACGUUCCCUGUGGAGUCUGCUCUGUGCUUCACUCUCAGAUUGUUUGAGUGGCUGCCAGAUGUACAAGAAGACGUGGGGUGGAUUCGAGAGCAAAUGCUGAAACUUCUCCAGCAUGUUUUACGCCAGGCUUCCAGAAGCAUUUCUCGGAAUGUAUAUGCCCGAUUUUCCUGUCAGCUGGAGUUGCAUCACUGCCAAUCCCUCCCAUCCCAGAUCACUUCCACCCCAGUUUUUCCUACCUUGGUGAAAGCAAGCAGUUCCUCAGUCCCGGAUAUUUUCAUGCGUUUAGAGCAGUACAAGAGGCAGCUUUUGUCUGGAGGGCUGUUUAUCAACAUGGAUCUGCAAAGCUCCUUCAAAACUGGACCAGUGUCACCUGAAAAAGACCUGUGAUCCAUCAUCUCCUGAAAGAUCGACACCACAUAAAGGUUCAUUUCUGUGUACAGUUGGCUGGAGAUAUCAGUGUUUUGUUUUUGUUUUGUUUUUUUCUAACUCAGGACAUUAUAAAGUAAUGUUUAAAAGUCUUUGAAUCCAGACAUCUAAAUAUUUAAGCUGCCAGAAGGUAUUUUAUUAUAAUAAGUGCGGUGUAUGGCAGUGGGAGUAAUUACUUCAGCCAAGGAGGUAAUG